AUGAUAGUUUAUGAUGCGGUGUGUGUUAUAGCCGAAACUGCACCCUGGCACUUCGAAGCGGCCGCCCUGGCGGAUGUCUACUGGCGUAGAGCGGAGGCAAGCCCCUCCGGCUUAGAGCUGACCUCCGAAACGCUCGAUGCCUGGAAGCAGGAAGCUCGAGACGCGGUGUUCCGAGAAUGGAGUCGGGAACUCAACUCAUCGUGCGUGGGGGCCUGGACUCUCAGCGCGAUAAGCCCGGUGCUAAGAGAGUGGGUAGAGAGAGGGUGGGGGGCACUCAGCUACCGACUUGUGCAGGUCCUGUCGGGGCAUGGAUGCUUCGGCAGCUACCUGCAUAGGAUUGGACGUGAAUCGGCCCCCUCUUGCCACCACUGCAGUAGCCAACUAGACACGGCCCUACAUACGUUAGUUGAGUGUCCAGCUUGGACAUCCGAAAGAAGGCCUCUCGAGGGCUUGCUGGGAGCGAACAACGAGCUAACCCUGCAUGACCUUGUGAAGAUGAUGGUCGCUGAUGACGCGAAAUGGGGUAUGGUCGCAGCCUUUUGCGAAACCAUAAUGAAGGCGAAAGAAGAUGCAGAGAGGGCCCGGUAA